AUGCCUGAACCUCCACAAAAAAUGACAAUCCACAAUCUUUAUAUAUUUGAUAGAAAUGGCACACUGUUGCAUUACGCAGAGUGGAACAGGUUAAAAAAUUCUGGCAUUUCAAAGGAGGAGGAAGCUAAACUGAUGUAUGGGAUGUUGUUUUCGAUAAAAUCAUUUGUUUCAAAAAUAUCUCCACGUGAUGUGAAGAAAGGAUUUUUAUCUUUCAAGACAAAUAAAUAUGCUUUGCAUUACUUUGAAACUCCCACUGGAGUCAAGUUUGUUUUGAACACUGAUGUCAAUGCACAAGACGUGAGGGAAGUUCUUCAACGUUUGUACAGUCAGGUUUACGUUGAAUAUGUUGUCAAGAACCCAGCUUGUACUUUGGGUGAGCCAAUAAAAAGCGAUCUCUUCAAAAGCAAAUUAGAUGAAUUUAUUAAACAACAGUCAUUUUUCCCUCCGAAGUCAGCAUAA